AGCUUCAGUCGAGACGAGUAUGUCGGCGCUCCCAUCGACGAAGAAGGUGCUGUUGAUGGGACGCUCAGGAUCGGGAAAGACGUCAAUGAGGUCGAUUAUUUUCGCAGAUUAUCUCGCGCGAGACACUAUGCGACUCUCGCCGACAAUCGAUGUCGAGUACUCGCACGUACGCUUCCUUGGUAACCUGCACUUGCAUCUUUGGGACUGUGGCGGGCAGGAUGACUUCUAUCGCAACUAUCUCGAGCACAUGAGAGACCAUAUAUUUCGCUCUGUAGAACUGCUGAUCUAUGUUUUUGACAUCGAGAGCGAAGAAGAAGGGAACGAUUUCUCUCAGUAUGUUGAUGUAGUGGAAGCCUUGGAGCAACACUCACCAGAUGCUCGUGUGUAUGUGCUUGUGCACAAAAUGGAUCUUGUCAAAGACGAGGCCAGGGAAUCAAUAUUUAUGGAUAAACGGGCUAGCAUUCUUUCUCAGACUGGUGGACAGCUUCGAAUUAGUUUCUUCCGCACUUCAAUCUGGGAUGAAACUCUAUACCGAGCCUGGUCUCACAUUGUUUACUCCCUGGUUCCAAACACAGCACUCCUGGAAUCUAAUUUGAAUGCAUUUUGUGCCCUUUGCGGCACUGACGAAGUGGUGCUCUUUGAAAGUACAACUUUUCUCGUCAUUGCACAUGCGACCUUCAUGCCCCAUAGUGAUAUUCAUCGUUUUGAGAAAAUAUCCAAUAUCAUCAAGCAAUUCAAAUUGAGCUGUCGCAAGGUACAAGCGCAUUUCGAAGGAAUGCUGGUGCGGCACCACAGGGUUACUGCCUUGUUUGAGAACCUGACGAGAAGUACGGCUAUCAUGCUCAUUUCCUCAGAUCCAGAGGUGAUGCACACCACCGCGCUAGCAGCAAAUGUCUCACAAUUUAGGGCACAGCUGCGACUAUGUGGAUUGAUUGAGUAGUCCGCCCGCGGAGCCAUCAUAAAGACAGGCAUCCUUGGUCAGGAGUUGAUUCUAUUUGGGAGCUCGUGAGAACGCACAUGUGGGACGCAGGACCGCGACAUGAUCAUCGCUGGUUCGGCUGAUACAUACGUAUCCGAGCAACGCACACGGGCGUCAUCGGUGUUGGAUCCCGCAUCGAUUCUGAGUCGCAGAUUUGAGAUUGGACUUGAAUACUACAAGCCCCUGAGCUUGGGCCGUCCGGUGCGCUCAGGCUGGCUGCGGGAAAUUCGACCUGACCAAGUUCGGGCUCAGGAGGUGUUCCAAGGGCGCGGGGUACAGGCACGGCUCUCAGGCGGCGCUCAGGCACGGCGGUCCUGGACAUGAGAAACCCAACAGAACUCAGCUCGUGACCCGGCGCCCCCCUGGGCGCGCUUAAGUGCCCCGUGCCUUGCGUAAGUGCUCACUGAGU